AUGAUGAAGACCCUAGUAGUAUUCCUCAGCCUCAGCUUAACCAUCCUUUCCUUCGGAGGUGCACAUGCAGCGACAAUGUCUUUCAAAAACAAUUGUCCCUACACGGUCUGGCCAGGAACCCUAACCUCCGAUCAAAAACCUCAAUUAUCAACCACAGGGUUCGAGUUAGCAUCCCAAGCUAGCUUCAGCCUAGACACUCCGGUGCCAUGGAACGGCCGCUUCUGGGGCCGAACUGGAUGCUCCACGGACGCCUCUGGAAAGUUCGUCUGUGCCACCGCAGACUGUGCCUCUGGUCAGGUCACGUGCAACGGUGCCGGUGCCAUUCCGCCGGCAACUUUAGCGGAAUUCAAUAUUCCAGCAGGCGGAGGACAAGAUUUCUACGACGUUAGUCUUGUUGAUGGCUUCAACUUGCCCAUGUCUGUGACUCCACAAGGCGGUACCGGCGACUGCAAGACGGCUACUUGCCCGCGAACGUGA